AUGGCCAGGAAGAGAAAAGUUGCCAAUGAUCAAGAACAAAUCAUGAAUGAUCAUCCUGAGGAGAACAUGGCUUGGGAUGAGGUGGUUAAUGCGGCUGCGCUAGGUGGCCCACGAAGGGCUAGGAAGCGGUUUGUGGGUGUCCGCCAGCGUCCCUCUGGCAGAUGGGUGGCAGAAAUCAAAGAUACCAUACAAAAGAUUAGAGUAUGGCUAGGCACCUUUGACACGGCUGAAGAAGCAGCUAGAGCUUACGAUGAAGCGGCUUGCUUGUUAAGAGGAGCCAAUACUCGCACUAACUUCUGGCCAUCUUCACAAUCUUCUUUAACCACACCUGCACUCCCUUCCAAAAUCACGAACCUACUUCUUCAUCGGCUUAAAGCUAGAAACAAUUCUUUAGCAGCCUUGGCUGCAGGUGGUUCGUCUCAGAAUAGUAGUACUUCUCAGCUGACUGUUAAUCGUCAUGAUGACAGGAAGCAGGAGGAGUUUAGGGAUGACAUGGUUGAAUUUUCAGAUACAAUAUUUACUGAUUUUUUAAAUGACAUGGAUGAGUAUGUUCCUGAUAACAAUGAGAUUAUGUUGUCAACUUUACCCGUUAAAGAUGACCCGUGUCAGUUGAUAGAUCAACCUACUAGUUUAAAUGUUGAUCAUGAGGAUCAUAUAGUAUCUGAAUCUCAAAGUUCAAGCGGUGAUACGAAUAAUUUAGAUGUCAUGGAAGACGAUAAUGAUGAUGAUGAAGGGAAUAGUGAUAUAGGCGUGAUUGACUUCGGGUUCAUUGAUGAACUUGGAUCAUCUUGUAGCUUUUCUCCAUUUGAGAUAGCUCAAGAAAUAGCAUCAGAUCAGAUACAAGAAGAAGGUUUUAAUGGAAAUGAAGGUGAAGAGCCAUUAACUAUAUCUGAAGCAAUGAAGAGGAUGAAAUAUGAACGAAAGUACUCAGCUUCUCUUUAUGCUUUCAAUGGCAUACCCGAGUGUUUGAAGCUGAAGCUUGGACUGGGAGGGGGGUCAAAGUCAAGAGAAAAGUCUAAAAUGCAGAGGACUAGUUUACAUCAACAGUUUGAUAAGAAGUCAGAUGAAGAAUCAAAGAAGGAUGUUGAAGGAGAGGGUGUGAUUUCUAAUGUUACCGAUGGAGAGUUAUCGUUAUGGAAUUCUCUUGAUCUUCCAACCAUAUGUUUUGUUAAUUAA